AUGUCGGCCUCUUCAAUUCACAAGGAUGUGGAAACUGGCUCACUGAAGGUCGACACAAAGAAACAAGAGCCCCUUUUGGCUUCAAACAAAUCAAAAUUGGCAUCCCCGUUGCCUUCUCCCACCGAAUCCAAGAAACCGAUCUCGAUCAACCAGACCCAGCCCACGGACGAUCAGGAUACAGGUGGAAUAUUGGGUGACAAGGAAAAUGCGCAUCAAUCAUCCGUGAAGCAUGGCUCACCGAGGGGCAGGUCAUCCCUGAGCACUCGACCGCCAAACCGGUCAGCCGAGGACCAGCAACCAUGGAGUCGCCAUCAACGCCAGUCGUCUAACCCCGGGAUGUCCCCUCCAUCCCGUGCUCAAAGUAGAUACAGACACCGAGGCUCCCGACCCGUCCCACUCCCGGCCGCAAUCCCGACCCCCUCUCGACCCGCCUCCCAACACGGCGAAGAUGAUGAUCAGGUCGUUGUUCGGAAAAUUGAAGUUACUCGCUACUGCACCCAAUUUUGCGUCACACUCACGAUCUCCCAGCGGCGCGAGCACGGACUUCCGCUCAGCUCCAGGCGAUAUAGCCACGCCGGGGUCGGAAAGGGGGAGUUCCGCUUUCCAGAGCCCCUGGAAGAAGAGGGCAGCGAGAUCGAUGCCGAUGCGGAAGAGAGCGGCGGCGAGCAACAUGAUCCUCGUGAAAAGAGAAAAACGCAACGGCGGCGGAAGCAACGGGAAGAAGAAGCUGGCUCCAACACCGCCCCUACAACGCCUAAAACAACGCGCAGACCAUCAUUCCACUUCUCAUCCUCCUUCGCACCUUUCGAGAACUACCGCACUAAUCUGUUCCCCCGAAGAGCAAGCACUACAGACUUCACACCUCAACAGCGCGAGGGGGUUUCAGAAGAUGAAGGCCGUGAGAGGCUCAGCCGGCGGAUGAGGAGCCGCCCAUGGGCAAAUACUCGGGUUGACAGCUAUACUGACCGCCCAGAUGCUAAUCCGGAUGAACAGCGCCCGAGCAAUUUGAGGCGAUUGACCGGGUUUGCCGGACCAUCUGGAAACGAUGAAAGUCUAACAGCGAGCUGGAGACGCCAUCGAACUGAGCGAGGCACUAGUGCCAGUGCUCAGCGAUGGAAGCAAAUCAAAGCUGGUCUGAAACUCAUUGGGCAGCGACGAAGGCCAGAUAAUACAGUGGACAAUAAAAAAUCCGCAGAGUUGCUUGCUGAACUCGCUUCGGCCGUGCCGGCUGUGCUUAUACUGGCCAGCGCGUUCCAACGAGAUGAGCACGGCAGCAGAAGAAUCCCGAUUCUUUUGGAACAAUUGAAGGUUCGUGUUACGGAUAGCAGGAUCGAUUCCCACUCCGGUGACCGUCAUCUGGUCUUCCGAAUCGAAAUGGAGUAUGGAAGUGGCAUGACUCGCAUGAAGUGGAUCAUCUUCCGUACGCUAAGGGACUUUGCCAAUCUGCAUCUCAAGUACAAGCUUCAUCUGGGAACUCAGAAGUACAUCCAGCUACGCACGAGUGAGAACAGCCCGAGUCUCCCCAGAUUCCCUAGAAGUGCCUUCCCCUACAUGCGAGGUGUGCGAGGCCUUGAAAGUGAAUUCGAGGAUGAAGAUGAAGAAGGUGGUUAUGAGACUGGUGCGGAGGGAAUGAGUGGAACAGAGAGGCCUCCGACGAAGAAAAAGCAGAACCAACAACCACACCAGCGUCGGGUCUCUGGCCCGCUUGCUCGCAGAAAGUCCAGCAUCACCAAUCAAGAAGGAGACUCAGCCGCAGGACCUUCAUCCACCCAUGAAGGUGUCUCGGGAGCCAGGAAAGAAACAUACCCUGGGAAGCAGCGAAAGAAGCUUGAGCUCUAUCUGCAAAAGAUGAUUAGGUUCCUGAUCUUUAGGGCUGACAGCAAUCGCCUGUGCAAGUUUUUGGAACUGUCCGCUCUCGGUGUUCGUCUGGCCGCAGAAGGCAGCUACCAUGGCAAAGAAGGAUUCCUGAUAAUCCAGUCCUCCAAGGGUCUUGAUUUCCGGAAGGCACUAACCCCGUCUCUGGUUAAGAAGCGCCAUUCGCCCAAGUGGUUUCUGGUCAGACACAGCUAUGUAGUCUGCGUGGACUCCCCCGAGGAGAUGAAUAUUUAUGAUGUCUUCUUGGUGGAUGCCCAUUUCAAGAUUCAGACACCAAAGCUUAGUCUUCGCAAGCAAAAUCCAAAGGAUCUUGCCAAGUCUGCAAAGCAGUCUGCGAGACACCCUCAGCACCACACUCUCCGACUUGAGAAUUCUGAACGCAAGCUCAAACUGCUGGCUCGGAAUGAGCGUCAACUCCAACAGUUUGAAGACUCGAUCCGCUUCAUGGUUUCCAAUACUCCGUGGAUGCGCCCCAACCGGUUCGACAGUUUCGCGCCUGUGCGACAAAACUGCUUUGCGCAGUGGCUGGUUGAUGCACGAGAUCACAUGUGGGUUGUCUCACGAGCAAUCAACCAGGCGAAGGAUGUCAUCUAUAUCCAUGACUGGUGGCUGAGUCCAGAGCUUUACAUGCGUCGGCCUGCUGCCAUCAGCCAGAAAUGGCGAUUGGAUCGUCUCCUGCAGCAGAAAGCUCGGGAAGGUGUCAAAGUCUUCGUGAUCAUGUAUCGCAACAUCAACUCGGCAAUUCCCAUUGACUCGGAGUAUUCCAAGUUCUCUCUCCUUGACCUUCACCCCAAUAUCUUCGUUCAGAGAUCACCAAAUCAGUUCCGCCAAAAUACUUUCUUUUGGGCCCACCACGAGAAGCUUUGUCUCAUCGACCACACUAUCGCUUUUGUUGGAGGUAUCGAUCUGUGCUUCGGGCGUUGGGAUACUCCUCAGCAUCAAUUGACCGAUGACAAGCCUACUGGCUUUGAAACUACUGAUGGUCCUAAAGACGCAGACCAUUGUCAACUGUGGCCGGGCAAGGACUACUCCAAUCCUAGAAUCCAAGAUUUCUAUGACCUGGAUAAGCCGUAUGAGGAGAUGUAUGAUCGCAAUGUUGUGCCCCGGAUGCCGUGGCAUGACAUUUCUAUGCAUGUCGUGGGCCAGCCUGCUCGGGAUCUUACUCGUCAUUUCGUCCAACGCUGGAACUACAUUCUUCGUCAGCGAAAGCCCACGCGGCCGACGCCCUUCCUCUUGCCGCCGCCCGAUUUCAAUCCCGCUGAUUUGGAAGCUUUGGGUCUUGAUGGAACUUGUGAGGUACAAAUUCUCCGUUCUAGCAGCAUGUGGUCGACAGGAACACCCGAUGUCGUCGAGCACAGCAUCAUGAAUGCCUAUGUGAAGUUGAUUGAGGAAUCCGAGCAUUUCGUCUACAUCGAGAAUCAGUUCUUCAUCAGCACCUGCGAGAUUGAGGGCCGGAAGAUCGAGAACCUCAUUGGAGAUGCCCUAGUUGAACGUAUUGUCCGAGCUGCCAAAAAUGAGGAAGCAUGGCGCGCCGUCAUUGUCAUCCCAUUGAUGCCAGGCUUCCAGAACACUGUGGACAGUGAAGGUGGAACAAGUGUUCGCCUUAUCAUGCAGUGUCAAUACCGCAGUAUCUGCCGUGGAGAGACAUCCAUUUUCGGCCGUCUUCGUGCGCUUGGAAUCGAGCCAGAGGAUUAUAUCCAGUUCUACAGUCUGCGAACUUGGGGCAAGAUUGGACCGCAAAAGGCACUGGUGACUGAGCAACUUUAUAUUCACGCCAAAUGCAUGGUCGUUGAUGAUCGCGCUGCUAUCAUUGGAUCAGCAAACAUUAACGAACGAUCUAUGUUGGGUUCGCGUGAUUCAGAGGUUGCAUCUAUCGUGCGAGACACCGAUAUGAUCAUGUCGAGCAUGAAUGGCAAGCCAUACCUUGUUGGUCGAUUCCCACAUACCUUGCGUAUGCGUCUGAUGAGAGAACAUCUCGGGAUUGAUGUCGACGAACUCAUGGAACAUGACUUUGCUACUGAAGAAGAGCUACGCAAGAUCCAGGUCGCCGAAGGGAGUGAGCAUCCAGUUGACAACCGAGAGCGAAGAAAUUCGGCGUCCUCGGCCAUUGAACGACAAGAUGAGAGGGAGAUGGUCGAACGUCGGCAUCGUGUCCAGGACGAGUUCCUUUCUCGCUCUGAGGACAUGUAUAGCUUCAACCACGAUGUCGAUUGGGAGCAGGGUGGUAACCCUAAUCUCAAAUCGAACCGCAAGCUCACUACCGACGCUCGCGUCACUGAAAAUCCCGACCACAGGAAAGACGUGGAAGGUGAUGGCCCCGAUCAUCUGACAGCCGCUGUCCGGGCCGGGUUAGCAGUUGGUCGUGAUUCGGAUAUAGAGGCCAAUGGAAGAGAAGCCCUGCUUUCACCCAUCGCUCCUGAGGGGAGGGGUACUAUUGAGCGACCGAGAUCAUCGCAGCAAAAGCCCUCUCGAACACCCUCGACCCGCAAGGACCGCGGACCUGGGUCAUCGAGUGAGACAAAUCCCAUCUCCGAGACCAAUGCGAGUACACCGUCACAAGGCCAUGGAGUUACUGGAUCAUCGAGCCGCGAGUCCGAGACUAGCGGUACCGGUUUGAACAUGCCUAGAGAAGAGAAUGAAACCCCUAAGCACCACCACCCGUCUGUUCCUGACCUCAAGCGUAUCUUCAUCGAUAACGACUGCAUGAGAGACCCGCUCAUCGAUGGCUUCUACCUGGACACAUGGCAAGCCGUCGCCGAGAAGAACACCAAAAUUUACCGAUCUGUGUUCCGCUGCAUGCCCGACAGCGAGGUGAAGAACUGGAAGGAAUACAAGGAGUAUGCCACAUAUGGCGAGCGCUUUGCAGAGGUGCAGAGCCAACAGGGCAACAAGCCAGCCCAACCUCAACAAAAACAAAGUGGCCAUCCCCCGGCCGGUGCUACGGUCAGCUCUCCUAUGUCGAUCGCUUCUCAGAUGUCUUUCAUCACCCCAAGACCCGAAGGACCACAGGCAGACCCGAAGAGCCCCCAGACAAUUGACGAGAAGGUCGGAACUGGGAACGAAGCUGGUCGUCCUCAGUCUGAGCAGCUAGCGAAGCAGGAGACGCUAUCAUCUAUCGAUGAGAAGGCCGCACUCAAGACAGUGUCGGAUCCGAGUCUGUUGGCCAAUGUUUCGAAUGGGACCAGCGAUGACAAUGGCGUCGUCGCCGGCGAGGAUACCGAGAAGUCACGAACAAGCCCGGCUCAUGUCGAUUACUCUGAAGCCGUGAACCUGAAUCUGAACUCGACGAGCCAGUCUCGGAGACGUAGACGCAGAGCUACAACCAUUGGCUCGAAGCGUGACCCCCAUGGCACAGAUGAGUAUUUGGAUAAGGGCCAUGCGGAGGACCUCCUUAACAAUACUCAAGGCCAUCUCAUCUUGUGGCCUUAUGACUGGCUCGAGAAAGAGGAGCAAGGUGGAAACUGGCUCUAUGCUUUGGAUCAGAUUUCUCCUCUGGAGAUCUACAACUAAUCUCGAAUUGUUCUGCACUUGACGGCGUCUUGCUCUUGAUUUAGUCCCUUGCUCGUAUUUGUCUACUUGGUGUCUGCGUUGGAAUUCUCGAGCGCCCCUAUAGCGAUUGAUGCAUUUUCAUUUUCUUAGACUUUCCUUGUUGAUGGCUGUUUGACUAGUCAUCCUUUGGAGUUGUGUGUGCUUCAAUGGGUUCUCUAUAUUCCCCCUACCUAAGUAGCGCUAUAAGUAAU